ACGCCAUCAAAACUCUGAAUUAUGUUUUUUUCGAUUUAGAGCCUUUGUGAAGAAGAUCGUUCGCGGUUGCUGUUGUACGUGUUGAAAGUGGUCGACCACGUCGAAGGUGAGGUCGACCUAAUGUAGCAUUCGCCGUCAUCUUCUCUAAUGCAUGAUUUCCACCGUCUAAUUUGAUAUAUUGUUGCGUGCAGAAUACCAUUUGGUCGACACUUAUCUCAAUCAGGUCAACUUUUGUUUGACAAUUGUUCGGAAUUGAAUUUAGGGCACAACACUCGGACUUCCGUACUUGUGAGGUAACGAAGAUCAACCCAAUAGGUCGACCUAAUGUUUUUCAAGGUCGACCGUUCUGUUUGUUUUGGUUGUUCAUCAUGAAUGUCGACUUUGGCUUUGUUUGUAAGACUAUGUUGUGCUUAAAAGGCCGUCCGCUCAAGCUAUCUGAUCGACCUAUCCAUUUUUUGGGUUAAUAUUACACUUGCUUUCGUUGGUGAAUUGCCCCAAAAAUGCCCCAUGUUCAUAGUCACGGGUAAUUUUUACGGUCUCGGGACCGUAAUAUCUUUUUAGGGUCGCGAGACGCACAAUUGCUGCUGGAAUUUGGCAACUUCACGGUCUGGGGGUGAUUUUCACUAUCUCGGGACUGUGAUAAAUGAGUGAUGCCCUUAAAGUCUUGCACUUUACUCCCCGAAGGUGAUUUUCACCCCCUCAUGGCGUGACAUUUGCCUUUUGCUGGUGAACAUUGCUCAACCUCCACUCCGUGCCUCGUUUUGACAUGUAAUGUGACAAAAAAAGCACAACCUAGUGUAAAAUAGGUUGAGGAACGACGAUUUUCUAAGCAAAACGAAAAAGAAAUGAGGGGUAAAAUAUGUGUAAUUGAGCCCGAAUCACUCCCAAUGACGAAGAAAGAUAAGGUUCCCCCAACGAUACCAGGGGCCGUUUCAAAGAACCAUCUACAAAUUUCAGCAUUCGGAAAUUGAAAGAGAAUCAAUCGCUUACCCAUCCACGAAACUCGCAUCGCACCAUCCUUCCCCCAAAUCCAGUUGGCCCAGGGUCGAAUCAAAGAAAUUGAGGCGGUCAAACGAUGAACUGACCAACUAGACUAUGAUCCCAUCGCUUAUCCCCUUCAUAAAUUACUUCCCUAGGAAUUCUCAGCGAGCCAUUAAUGAAGUCGAUUGUCUUCGGGAAUUCCAAAUAAAGAAGCCCACGAAGAAUCGUCACCGACGGGUGCCACACCAUCGAUGACGGACGCCAUCGAUUCGGGCUAAGAUCAGGUGACUAGAAGGGGAGGGGGGUUCCCUUAGUCACAUGGCUAAGUGAAUCUCAUCCCUUGCACCUCAUUAAAAUCCAAUGAUUGUAUUUAAUUCAAUUUAAUGAAGGACAAUAUAGUAAUUGUAGACUUUUUUAAUUUUCAAUUAUUAAUUAAUUAAAAAAUCCUCAAUAUCUGGCGUGUCUCUUCUCGGCUGGGAUUUGCGUCACCGUUCCGUGUCCCAUCUCUUCCCGCCGGCCAGCAAUCCGGCGUCCCAUUCUCCUCCACAGGUUGCGGCCAUUUUUAUGGGGAAUUUUCCCCUCCCAAUUUUCCAUGAUCAAGGUCCAGAGAGUGGUCCAGAGAGAGAGAGAGUUGCGGCCAUUUUUAUGGGGAAUUUUCCCCCUCCCAAUUUCCAUGAUCAAGGUAGUGAGAGAUAGGAAUAGGUAGAGAGAGACUUUUUCGGCGACCAGCGACGAUGGAGAAGGAUUUCCCUACGAUAGUGCUGGAUUUGUGAUGUUUGUCAUUUUUAGUGACAUUUUGUACGGUUAGUAUGCUUUGUACUGUUUGUCGGUUUAUUUUGUAAUGUUUGUACGCUUUGUUAUUUUGUAAUGUUUGUCGGAUUUUUUUUUAAUGUUUGUAAACUUUAUUCUUUUUGUGCACCAUGUUUAUCAUUUUUGUCAACCAUGUUUGUAAUGUUUUAUGUCUAAAAAACAACCUGGUUGACUUUUGGAUGGAAAUCCUCUAUAUAGGGAUGGAGCCUCCAAAGUUAACCCAGGUGUUUUUUCCAGUUCGUAUGGAUUGUCGGUCUAGUUUUCAUUUUUGUCCACCAUGUUCGUACUGUUUGUAUGUCUAAAAAACAACUGGGUUGACUUUGAGACGGAGCCCUCUAUAUAGGGAUGGAGCCUCCAAAGUCAACCCGGGAGUUUUUCCAGUUUGUAUGAAUUUUUGGUCUAGUUUGUCAUUUUUGUCCACCAUGUUUGUAUGUCUAAAAAACACCCGGGUUGACUUUGGGAAGGAACCCCUUUAUAUAGGGAUGGAGCCUCCAAAGUCAACUUGGUUGUUUUUUUUUUGUAUGGUUUGUAUUGUUUGUCGGUCUAGUUUGUAUUUUUUUUCUAUAGUUCAUAUGUUUGUAAAUCUGUUUGUAUGUUUUGUCGCACUAGUUUGUAUGGUUUGUACUGAUUGUAAGUCCGAUUUGGAUACUUCGUAAUUUUCCAUAAUACCCAAACUACCUCUGUCAUUAAUUAAAUAGCCCUUCCCACUUUUUAACCAUCAAAUUGCUAUAUCCAAAUCUAAAGACUGGGAGGGGCUUAGUCAAGUGACUAAUCAUCCCUUAGUCACUCGAUCCUCUCUCUCCAUCUAUUCUAGGUCGACGAAGCAAACUUUUCAGAGAAAAGAGAAAGAGAGAAGGAAAGUAAAUGGGCCUCUGACUUACGUGGCGGGCAAGGUUACCGAUAUAGAGCUGGGCAUAUUGUGGUUUUAUCUUGCAAUGGAUGUAUCGAUCCAAUCCAUUAUCUGGGCCUAUUCCCAAAGGCCCAAAAGCGAGCCGGCGGAAAUGAUUUUGGUAGAUAGAAGGAGAGGUGAAGAAUAAUUUGUGCUUGUCGAAUGGCAGUGCCCACUUUCCUGCAGGCGUCAAUCCACACUUGUACGAUUCUAGGCACUCACCUAUCGAACUAUUCAAGGUGGUGGUGAUUCUCUCCUUCUCUCCAUCUCUCCAUAUAUCAUAUAUAGAUAGAUUUCAAGAUCUAGCCAAAUUUCCAUGUCUCUUACCAUUGCUAAUUCACUUGUCGAUCUGUUUGACUCUCUCAGCUUACUCUGGUUCUUCUUUUACCUUUUCUCCCCUCCAGGCCUAUGAUUACUUAGAUGAUCGUGAUACGCGUAAUGCUAGUAGCGCUGUUAGGUGGGUCAACCAUUUGCUUAGCCCCAUUCGGUCCUGAGGUAGGAGAACCUGCUGUGCUUCCAGUCAGCAAUUCGGGCUCACAGAUUCCUUCUGCUGCUUGGCAAGAGCUAUAUGAGACGGGUCUGAAGGAAGAAGAGAAUGGAGUAGCCGCAAAGUGUGAGUUCUUCAGGUGUAAAGUACGUGACGGCAUAGUUGGCGUCAAGUAACUAAGUAAGGUGAUGGUUUCUUAAGUUGUAGAACGAGCACUGUUAAAAUGUGAUGUGGAGAUUACUUUAAUUAGUAGAUGUAGACCUUAUGACAAUGAUUUUGACUCAUUCUUGAGAGGGAGUAACUGGCAGAGAGGGGAGGAUAGAGACCUAGCUUGUUAGUUGGGAUGCAAAUUGAAUUUCAGGAGCCAUUUUAAAUGGAAAUGGUAUUGUUAUCGUGACAUACAUACAGGUGAUAUUAUUAUUAUAUAUAAAGAAGAAGCAAAGUUACUGUUGCCUAAUUUCUUGCAUUUUGAUACUCCAAAUUUAACUAAAUCACAGUUUAGUCAUCAUAAUGUACAUUUUACAUUUUGAUACCAAAUUUAAUUUUAAUAUAAAAUCAUUGAACAA